CCUUUUUGCUAGUUGCUGUGUUUGUCUUGACAUUUAUGGAUUUAGUACACUGGUCAGUUCCAACUUCUUGGAUGCAAUUUGGAGAAUAUGUUAUGUUUCCCAUGUAAAGAGCAACUCGCAUGGUGUAUUUAAUUUAUUUUGACUUAUUCAAUGGAAACUUUGAGACUGAAAGGUUUUAACAAGCUAACCUAAAAAGAAAAGGAAAUGAAUGUCCUACAAAAAAGUCUACAAAAUGGUAAUGGGUAGGAUCUAAACCAACCUAAAGACUGUCCAUGAAUUCUUGUGAAAUUUUGUAAGCGAUCUAAGAGAAUGUUGUGAUCUUUAGAUCUCACUGUCCAUUCUAUUAGGUUCACAUUUAUUAUUAUUCCAGUUAUCCAAUCAGCCAAUCAUGUGGCAGCAGGACAAGAUCAUAAUAUCAUAAUGAUCCAGGUGAAGAGCUUCAGGUAAAGUUUACAAUGAACACAACAGAGAAAGGUCUGAUCUCUGUCACAGUGAAAAUGUUGUUGGAACCAAAGGGGCUGGUUUAGUGUUUCAGGAGCUGCUGUGAUUUUCACACACAUUUUAUAACAUUCUUUAAGUAUUUACAGAGGUCAGUUAAUGAUCCCACAGAGAGUUUAAUAUUACACUGAAUUAAUUCUGCAAGAACAAGUCUUGAGCAACAUUUCUAUGGAAAAAGGGGAGGGUUUAUGUAGAUGCCCACAUGAGUUGUGUCAUAAAAGUGCUGAUCCUCAAGACACACAGCUCACACACACACACACACACACGGCUCACACACACAGCUCACACACACACACACACCUCGGAGGACAAGAGCGGUUUGGAAACUGAGAUCAGACUGUCAGACUGUAACAUGGGAGCCGUCCUCGCCGUAGUCGUCGAGGUGGUCGUGGCAGGAAUAGCUGCCGCAGCCGAAGCCGCCACUACGGAGGCUGUAGCCGCUUUGGUAGAAGUUGGGGUGGAGUCUGUGGUGGAGGCUGGAGAAGCUGCAGUCACUGCAGCAGAGACAGCAGCAGAAACCGCAGCAGAGGCAGCAGCCGAAGGUGCAGCAGAGGCAGCGAGUGAAACAGCAGCUGAGGUGGCAUCCAGCACAGCAGCAGAAAUCACAGCGAAGAUUCUGUCCUACAUCCCCAAACUUUUUAAACUCAUUAAAGAAGCAUGUGCAAUCGACGCCAUAUUCAGAGCUGCAGAAGAAGUUUUAAAACUGAUCUUAUAUGACCCUUCAGUUGCUGAAAAAUACAACAAACUGCACGUAGCUGUGAACAUUUUAGAAACACUCAACACGAAGAUGAAUGACAUCAUGAAGUGGCUGGAGGACCAUAAGAAUGACUCUGUAGAACUGGAGGGAAUUGAUGUCCCCUUGGAGUCUGGCAUCCUGGCCAAAUUCUUGCAGCAACUCUCAGUGGCUCUGGGAAACAUGCAGAGGCUCUCAGAAGACAUCAACAAACUCAACCAGAACAAAGAACCAAUCAGAGACGCCCAGAUUACAACCAUAUAUCGCAGCAUGAUCCGUAUCGUGUCAACAUUUGAGUCUCUCGCUCAGUUCAAAGAAGAAAAACAAAGCAAAAUAGCUGCAUUGGCAUCACUUCCUGUCAGCAUGAAGGAAGCAGAGGAGUGGAAGCAUGAGCUGGGUUCUGAGGAUGUUCCGACUCUUCAUCUCUUACAUCUGUCUAAGUUUAGAUAUACAUAAAAAAAACUGGACUGGACUGAAAAUUGUGUCCUGAUUCAGUGCCUGUUUUUAAUCAGUAUUUACUCAAAUCUAGUGAUUUUCUUGGUGUUAAUCAAUUUUAUGCUGUGAUGGUGAUUCAGUUUUAAGCAACCUUAAUUUGUGUAUGGAAAAUCUGGCUAGGAAAGAGGAGGACGAGGAGGAGAGAAGAAAAAGGUGGAGGAGGAGAAGGAGGAGGAAAAGGAGAGAGGAAAGGCAGAGGAAGAGGAGAGACAGGAGGAGAGAAGAAAAAGGGAGAGGAGAGAGGAAAGGAGGAGGAAAAGGAGAGAGGAAAGGAGGAGGAUGAGGAGGAGGAGAGGGAGGACAGUGAAGAAAGGAGGAGGAAGAGGAGAGAGAGGAGGAUGAGGAAGAGGACAGAGAGGAAAGUGUGCAUGCAUCUGGAUGUGUGUCUGUGCGCACACGUUACAUAGGUUGGAGUGGCCUAGUGGUUAAGGUGUUGAGCUACCAAUCGGAAAUUUGUGAGUUUGAAUCCCAUGUCCAGCAAGAUGCCACCGCUGGGCCCUGAGCAAGGCCCUUAACGCUCAAUUGCUCAGUUAUAUAAAAAAUGAGAUAAAAUGUAAGUCACUCUGGAUAAUGGCAUCUGCUAAAUGCAGUUAAUGUAAAUGCAUAGAGAUGGAGAUAUGUGCUAGGGGCAAAAAAUAAAAUAAAAACUUUCAUCUAAAAACUG